GUGGUUAAUUCGCAUACCAGCUACCUAUUACUAGGCACUUACAUAUCUAUCAUUAUGUAGGUCCUAGGUAACCUGGAACUCACAAUAUACACAUGCAGUGAUAUGUAGAGGUCAUGUUGUGUCGAGUACAUAGUACAAGCUACGGUCACCAAUGUCUCAAGUCUGCCGAGGCAUGGAUCGUCAGUUCGUCUUUGCUCAUCUGUUGCUUGCAAGUCCCAAGUCCCGAGUCCCAAGUCCCGAGUCCCUUCCCCGAGAGAUAAAUAAAGGUCGGAUUUUGCCUGUUCUUUGUUGAGUUCUUUAACGGAACUUUUCUUUUUCGGGUUGUCACAUACAAUAGUCAUCUAAGUCGCGCAGACACGCGCAGCAGCAGACAUAGUGAGGUAUGAUGGACCAAGACAACAGUGAUAGGGCAAAGCCAAAGGAUACGAAGGGUAAACGUGUCGACCUGGGUGGCGUACCGUCUUCUUCGACUCAGCACGAUGCCAAUCUAGAUGCCUCAAAAAGUGGUCCAGGGAUGGCUUCAUUCAUAUCGCGGCUAGGUGCUUCUACGACCCAAUUGACCAACGCGAUGAUCCAACGGCAUCCGAGUCCCACCUGUGUGACAGAAAGUCUACCCCCUAGUAAGGGUGAAUCGUCUAAAAGCACUCGGAGUGUAAGUGCAAGUGAGACUUCGACUUGCAGGAACCAACCUGCUCAAGCAUUCUCUAAUGGCACAUUCGCAUCCACAUCAACACAGGAGCAAUGUAUCAUGGGUGAAUCAGAUUUCUCUGCCUUCCUAGAUGGCACGAACAAGUUAGAGAUAAUAGAACCUGGUCAUAUUGAGAAACAUGGCUUUGGGCAAAGCUACGAUCCUGGGUCUGAGCAGACGACACCACCAGGGAUGGCAAAUUUGGCAACUGAUGGGAUGGAUGUGGUUGAUCUCCUCGAUUCGAGAUACGACGAGGUUGAGGAAACAGCCAUGUUCUUGUCGGAUACCGAACAAGUCGCGCUGCGGUGUCAACUUUUCGAUGAUGGCGAAGCCCGUGAGCAUCUUUCACAAAGGGGGCAAUGGGAAGAUGCUUUAAAUUUCUUUCCUGACUUUGGGCCGAGUGGCAACAGCAUACAAGCAUACGCUGAUUUGCUCGGUACAUCGGAUCUGCAAGAAGCUACAAAUAUCUGGACGAGCCAAUGGCGGCACGUUCUCACGAGUUAUACCGACACAGUUUGGGGAGAUCUCAGUCCUCUGGUGAGCGUGGCCCGAGAUGAGCUUGCUAGCCUUUCAGACUUGGAAGGAAAUGAAGCUUCGCCAUCCAAGUUAAAAGCGUUGCGUAGACUUCAACAGAUCCUGACUCAUGUUCGUGGUGUUUAAGGCAAACCGUACGCAUAAUUUCGAAGCAUAUCUAUGCUCCUCUGCGUCAGCAUGUUAGGUAAUUACAGUACUAUUAACUCGGAAGAAGGAAUUAGGAAGAACAUUGAAGUUCAAAAAUUGAAUAGCAUGAAUAAUUAGUACAACUUAUGUGGAUGAUUUACAUUUGCUGUUCGGUGCGAACUGAUUGGUGCUAAUGACAAGCACUUGAAGGAGGGACAAGUCACAUAUCUGGGCAUGUACGUACGUACUUAUUGCCUAUCUGACCCAAUCAAGUCGUCGCUGAUUGGAUAGGGCCAACGCCCCCGGUAAAAACGGGGUGGAGAUGCUGGAUUGGAG